AUGUAAAAUGACGUCAUUUUCAACCGUUUAAACUCGAUUAUUUAUUUACUAAAACCUCUAUCGCGUACCACGCAACAAAAGAUUUUUACUAUUCGUUGUGUGAAGGUCUAUUAACUUAGCGUGUUUUCUCGUUGUGUAUGUAAUAUUAAUUUGUGUGUAGUUGCAAAAUAAUGAAGUCUGGCAAAGAAUCGCGCCCCCAAUUGGGAGUACCGAAAGCGGAAUUUAUGAAGACUACUUCGUUUAAUUUUCUUGAAAAUGAGAGGAGGUGCAACGUUGAUCGCCAAAUUGAAAACAAAGAAAGUUCAAAAAAUGUGGUUCGUAAACAGGACAACGUAAUCGAGCAGUCGAAAACAACAACUUUGCCAAACCGUACAGAAGCAAUUCCGGAGGGAGCCAUGGUAACCAGUGAAGUUCGAAACGAAGAAGGACGUUAUGGGACAAAGAAAUAUGUUACCAAAUGCUAUUUUCAACCAAAGCAAAAUCCAGUUUCAUAUUCAGAAACUGUAAUCUUGACUUUGGGAUCGAAUAAGAAGCAUUACUUUGACACCAUUCUCUAUCAGACGAAACUUGUUCCUUUUCGCUGGACGGAAAGUGUAAAAACUGCGACGCCACCCCAAACUUUUUACGAGUUCCAAUCGAAAUACGAAUACGCCCUGGAAGAUCCAAAGUGGCAGUACAUAUCAUUGGAAGCGCAACAGAGGGCGGCCGAGGAAAAAUCCCAUAGAGCGCAAGAAAUUAAAGUCUAGAGACUAUUCAUUUUUUGCAAAUCAUUUUUAUAAGUUUGUAGACGUAAUACUAAUUAACAAUUAUAUCGUAAAAUAUUAUCUAAUAUUCUUAUGAGAAAUACUUCGUUCUGUCAACAUGCAAAACCCAGUUAUAAUUUUAUGCAAAAUAAACCGAUGAAGAUUUA